CCUUUUCCUUUUCUCGGAAAGAGCCGGGGAUGUGAAAACAACUCUGGCUCCCUCCCUCUCGGCCCUGGCUUUCGCUUUCGCUUCCUCCUCCGAGAGCCCAGAGCCGACGAUCUCCGGUGCCCCGCGAUCAUGGCGCUGUCGGACGUGUGCGGAGCCCGGCGCGGGCAGGUGCCGGACUGGGCUUUCCAGGUCGGAGGAAGCUGCGAUCGCUCAGACCUGGGACACUACACUUUCUCCAUGCGGUCUCCGGAGCUCGCCCUCCCGCGGGGGAUGCAGCCCACCGAGUUCUUCCAGUCCCUGGACAGAGAAGGGAACAUUCAGAUUGAGAUGGCCCACGGCACCACCACGCUGGCGUUCAAGUUCCAGCACGGAGUGAUCGUAGCUGUGGAUUCUCGGGCCUCAGCAGGGAAUUACAUCGCCACUUUACGAGUGAAUAAAGUGAUUGAGAUUAACCCGUACCUGCUGGGCACCAUGUCUGGCUGUGCUGCAGACUGUCAGUACUGGGAGCGCCUGCUGGCCAAGGAGUGCAGGCUGUACUACCUGCGCAACGGGGAGCGGAUCUCAGUGUCGGCAGCCUCCAAACUGCUCUCCAACAUGAUGUGCCAGUACCGGGGCAUGGGCCUCUCCAUGGGCAGCAUGAUCUGUGGCUGGGACAAGAAGGGUCCUGGGCUCUACUAUGUGGAUGAAAAUGGAACUCGACUCUCAGGGAACAUGUUCUCCACUGGGAGUGGGAACUGUUAUGCCUAUGGGGUCAUGGACAGCGGCUACCGGCCUGAUCUUAGCGUGGAAGAGGCCUACGACCUGGGCCGCAGAGCUAUUGUUCAUGCCACCCACAGGGACAGCUAUUCUGGAGGCGUGGUCAACAUGUACCACAUGAAGGAAGAUGGUUGGGUGAAAGUGGAAAGUUCAGACGUCAGUGACCUGCUGCACCGGUACCGGGAGGCCAAUCAGUAGCCGGUGGUGGUGCUGGGCAGGCCUCCUCUGGGAGAGCUCUGCCAACUCAGGGACCAGGCCCGUUUCAGGCCCAGGAGAAGAAGGGGCCUAACUGGAGGCAGCAGGAGAGAGAGGACAGGCCCAGCGGCCAUUGGAAGCAGAGGGAGUCCAUCCUUUUCUGUGUUCUCGAUUUCUGUCCCCCUCCCCAGACUUCUGGGUGCCUCACUAAAGCACAAUAAAGGAAAACGGUUAUAAAGGCC